CUGACCACGACUUCCUUUUGCGAAAAGUGGCCAACGGCGUGGCGUGGUUUGGUCUGCGGAGCCGAGGUUGUCAUUUUCGAAGCGAAGAUCUCAACUUUCGCGGUGUUAGAGGGCCAACUGGCGAUUUUGUGCGAAGCUACAGCUUUCAGGCUUGUUCAGAAGUUGUACUGGAUAUACGAGGAUGGCAUCAACAAGCAACGUGGAGAGUUUGGAUGACGUCAGGAGAAGGGCAAACCAUGAUUUGCUUGUGCGAUGUGGAAGAGAGGAAAAAUCCUACAGGUGUGAGGUGUGCAGCAAACAGUUCAGUGAGCUGGGUAAUCUAACGAGUCAUAUACGGACUCACACGGGCGAGAAACCCUACAGGUGUGAGGAGUGCAGCAGGCAGUUCAGUCAACUGAGCAGUCUGAAGAAGCACAUGCGGACUCACACAGGGGAGAAACCCUACAGGUGUGAGGAGUGCAGCAGACAGUUCAGUCAGCUGGGUGAUUUGAAGAAACACAUGAGGACUCACACAGGGGAGAAACCCUACAAGUGUGAGGAAUGCAGCAGGCAGUUCAGUCGGCAGAGUCAUCUAAAGACUCACAUGAGGACUCACACAGGGGAGAAACCAUAUAGGUGUGAGGAGUGCAGCAGACAGUUCAGUCUGCUGGGUGAUUUGAAGAAACACAUGCGGACCCACACAGGGGAGAAACCCUACAGGUGUGAGGAGUGUAGCAAGCAGUUCAGCCGACUAGAUAAUCUGAAGACUCACAUGCGGACUCACACAGGGGAGAAAUCCUACAAGUGUGAGAAGUGCAGCAGGCACUUCAGAACGAUGAGUCAGUUGAAGAAUCACAUAAAAACUCACACGGGCGAGAAACUCUACAGGUGUGAUGAGUGCAGCAGGCAGUUCAGAACCCCGAGUCAUCUAAAGAGUCAUUUGUGGACUCACACAGGGGAGAAACCCUACAGAUGUGAGGAGUGCAGCAAACAGUUCAGUCAGCAGAGUCAUCUGAAGACUCACAUGCGGACUCACACAGGCGAGAAACCCCACAAGUGUGAGGAUUGCAGCAGGCAGUUCAGUCAGUUGAGUCAUCUAAAGAGACACAUGCAGACUCACACAGGGGAGAAACCCUACAUGUGUGAGGAGUGCAGCAGGCAGUUCAGUCAGCUGGGUGGUCUUAAGAGCCAUAUGCUGACUCAUACAGGGGAGAAACCCUACAGGUGUGAGGAGUGCAGCAGGCAGUUCAGUAAACUGGGUGAUCUAAAGAGACAUAUGCAAACUCACAAGAGUGAGAAACCCUUAAUGGGGUAGCAGGCAGUUCACAGUUUUGUAACAGAUGUUUCAUUUAGGUGAUCUGAAAAGACACAUAUGAACUCAUGGGAGAAGAACCCUGCAGGUGUGAGGAGUGCAACAUGCAGUUGCAACAUAUCAGCUAGGUGAUAUGAAAAUACAAAAACUCAUAAGCAUGAAAUCCUACUGUACAGGUGUGAGGAGUGCAGCAGGCAGUCAGCAGACUAAUAUGAAAAGACACAUGCAAACUCAAGGUGUGAGGAGUGCAGCAGACCAUUCAGUUAACCAGGUUGUCUUAGAAAGUAGAUAGCCUGGUAUCCAACCGUAUUAUAGCUCUGAGUCGCUUCUGUCCUCUCUGCAAAUAUUAUUUGCAGAGAGGACAGAACUAAAGCUAUAAUACGGUGGAUACCAGGCUAGAAAGUAGACUGACCAGUAACAAAGUGUAGAAAUCACUUGAGAUGUUGUUCAGAUAGUGAAUUCAUGAUCUAAGCAGAUCCUACUGUAGCAUAUUAAAGCUAGUAUCAAAAGCUGAGUGAAGUGGCCUUGGAGUAUGUUUCCUAUUCUUAAUAUGCUACUGUAGGAUCUUCUUGGAGAUUAGUGAAUUUGAAGGAUUGCAUGCAAGUUCUUUUUUUAUUAACAUUUUGUUUUCACAUUGUAUACUAGUACUCAACUGAUAAAUUAGCUUUUAUGUAUAUUCUUAAAUCAUUCAUAAGUAUUGAGUUGUUUAAUUGUGGUAUUAGUAAUCUUGUAGAUAUUACUACUUAAGGUCCUAGUCACUAAGUAUUGUGUUUGCCUAUUAAAUUCAUUCCUUCAAGUUAUUUUGGUUCCCAAGUUUAGCACCAUGUUCUUUUGUAACAGAGUUUGUUUUGUUGCCUAUUAAACUUGUGCACUGUG